UGAGCACUUCAUAGUAUGAUGUUUAUGAUAACAACGUAAUAAUAGGGUGACGUCAUAAUCAGUUGCUUACUUUGUGUUGUCAAAAUGCCGUCGGGGGAGUUCAGCAGAUCGGAAAAACGCUUUCUAAAGAAAAGCUCAAAGCUCUUCAAACCAGAGCCUUUAAACCUUAGUUUGUUGGAAGAGAAAGAUGAGGAUGAUAAGAUGGACUAUUUACUCAACAGAAGGAGAGAAAUCGUGAAGGUCAGUCUGACAGGGCUUGGAGAUGUUCAGGGGAAGGACGAUAUCGCUGUCCUGGACCGAGUCAACAAGUUUCUUCUCACCCCUGAUCACCGGGAAUCGAGGUCUGUUACCCCAGAGGCUGAACAAGACAGCAAACAAAAUGAGAAAGGUCUGAACGGUCUAAAAAAGAAUCUGAGUGAUAUAUCUCGCGAAAAUCUCAACAAAGCACCGCCUGUUUGCCAGAAAACUACUGGAGAACCCAAAAAGGAAUCAACAGAUCACGAAAAACAGUCAAACAAAAAGGGACUCUACCCGUCUCUCGUCAACUGUCCACACCGAGUCAUCUACGUCAGAGAAGCUAUCAGGAAAAUCGAUACCCUGUAUAUGGCCCCAACUCUGGUCGUCCCAUCGGUAGCGGAGGAGGAACAUCUCAAAGAAUUCAACAAUUUCUGUGGCGAAUUCAGUUGGCGGAGAGAUAUUCCAAUUAGUGUUAGUGACAAUGGCACUAGUGAAACUUUGGAGUUUUGUGUGGAUCCGCGCGCCAUCCCUAGAAAUCGAUCUCAAAAUUCCAACCCUAGCCUCGUGUUAAGGAAGCCAGGAAAUUCCCAACCCGAUACUAUUGGACGUAACUCAAUCAUUUCGUCCAGUAACAGUUCACAGGGCGGGUUUGCAAUACAGGAAGGCGAAGAUGAUUCAGACAAUUGUAUGAUCAUGGCCGGAUAACAAGUCUCCCACGACAUUGGAAUGCUCCAAAAAUUGGAAACGGAAUUAUGAUUUGAAAACUUAAGGGCCAUAUAUGUUUAGAUUGUGUAAAAAUAUCAUAAGUUAUUAAGUACACUUAAAGUUUGUAAAAUAUAUUAUAAUAGUUAUUACAUACAUCUUUUUGCUUAAGGGCAUUGAUACAGUGAAGCUUUUGUAAAUUCAAUAGAACAUAUUUUGUACUAGUAAAAAACAUACUGUAAAAUAAAUUCUGAUUAACACACUCAUUUUAUCAUUGGCUGUUUCAAUUAAUAAAUAGUGCUAUUAAUUGAUCAUUUUGGGGGAACAAUCAACCAAUGAAUUUUUUUAAACAACUAUUUUCUUCUUUAACAAAUUUUAUUACAAACUUGUAUGGCAUAAUGUUGCAUAUUCACACCGUAAAUUCAUUGUGAAGUAGUAUCUCCCUUAUACAAAUUAAGAAAACACAUACAUUGUAAUAAGCCUUGAACAGGUGUUAACUCAUAACAUGAAAAACAUGACAAACUUACAUUAGUAUUAGGUCCAACACCUGACUUUGUGCAGUAUUUUCAAUAAAAAUGAGAACCGAUGACAUUUGCAUAGAUAAUAUUCUACAUGGGUCUGAAAAUUGUUUCCAGUAAAAAGUUGAAGCCAAUGGAUAACGGGCGUCGAUGCUGAAGAGGCUCUACUGUAAAUAAAAUGUUACUAUAAAGCAUAUAAUAAAUAAUUCUUAACAUUGGGGGAGGGCGCUGAAUUCAUCAGAUCUAUAUUUAAAGCUGCAUGAAUGACUAUUUCAUAUAAACUUUUUACAAAUAAUCAAUUCAGUCUUUUAUUUUAACAACCACAACUCAUCAAUGGUAUUUUCUAAAGGCACACCAAUUAGUCAAGGACGGCAAAAUUAUCAUGGAUUGUGGAAAAUGAUAAAUCCAAAUCAUAUAGAAAAGCACUAAUUCAGAACAAAAAGAUGGAAACCUAAAA